UUGCGAAAAUUAAUAGUUAAUUAAUUGUGUCUUCUUCUCUUUACCUGUGUCACUCUAUCGGUUCAGUUUGAGUUCAAUAUUUCUUAGCACUUACGGUGACAACGGUACAGAAUAAAAAUUAAAUAAAUAAUAAAUUUAAAUUAAGAAAAAUCCAACAAUAUCAAGUGAACGAAAGAAUUUUAGAACGGGAAAUUGAAGAAUAAACGAGUUAAUAUUGACAUUGUGACCAACGAAAGAAAGAAAAAAACAGUUUUUUUUGCCUGCUUUUACAGCCAAUUAGAGAGUACGUAAAUAAUUAUCAAGUGUAACAUUACGGGGAAAAGAAAUUGUGUUUGCACGCCGCAAAUAAAGAAUAAAUCAACGCAUACCAAUGACAAUGAUGGCAAAUAAGAUGUUUAUAUCACGCAAUCCAAAUAAAUCAAUGAUGACAAUGAGACACUUUGUUGUAUUCACCUUGGCUUUAUGUCUGUUUGGUUCGGUUGCAGUUGUUGCCGAUGAUGAAUCUCUGUCAAAUUCACUAGCAUCGAUAAUUCCGUCCACCAGAAACAAUGAUUCAACAAUACAAGCGCAUCAACAAAGAGUCGUUGAAUCGUUACGUUCCAUUUCAAUGGGAACCGAACAAUUUUCGUUGGAAUUUUUAAAACGACUUUCAGUCGCUGUGAGCAAUGUUAAUUAUGAUUUUAUUGUGUCGCCAUUUUCGAUUUGGUCAUUGCUCGUAUUAACUGCCGAAGGUGCCGACGGUGACACUUACACUCAAUUGCAACAGGUUCUUCGACUUCCGCAAGAUUUAUCAUAUUUACGUAUGGCUUAUAAGCACAUACAAGAUUCAUUGAACGUGAACUCGUCAACGGUGGAAGUUGCAAUCAAUCAGGCUUUAUUUAGCGACAUAAAUCGACCGGUUGAAUCGGAAUUCGCUUACAAAUUGGAUCAGCAAUAUCAAGCCGAACACAUGCCCGUCGAUUUUCAUAAUCCAAUUGAAACAUACAAUCAAAUCAACGAUUAUGUGAGCAAUCAAACACACGGCCGGAUCAAUAAGAUUGUAAACAUGGAAGAUUUACGAGAAGCACAAAUGAUUUUGCUAUCGGCAUUAUUUUUCCGGGCACAAUGGAAGAGCCCAUUUAAUAUCAGUCAGACAACUGAAGAGCCAUUCUACGAUGAAAACGACAAUUUCCAAGAAAAUGUAAAUAUGAUGUUUCAACGCGGAUCAUUUUCUUAUACUGGUAUUAAUGAACUGGAUUCGCUUGUACUCGAACUGCCAUACGGUGAUCAAGAAAAUUUGAGUAUGCUUCUUCUGUUGCCGCGUAAAGGUGUUCUGUUGACAUCGGUGUUGGAGAAACUCUCUUCGUUUGGAAUUGCCCGUGUAAUAACUGAACUACGACGCGCUGACUCUGACUUUGAAGAAGAUCAAGUCGAAGUUUUCUUACCACGAUUCUCCAUCACAGCCGAUUUUACAUUGAAUGUGAUUCUUGAACAAAUGGGACUUACCGAUAUUUUCAAUGUGAAAAAAGCGAAUCUAUCACGCAUUUCGCGACAUCCCAUUUACCUAUCUCGUCUCAUACACAAAGCACAAAUCGAUGUUAACGAGGUGGGAACUGUAGCUACCGCUGCAACUGGAGCCAUUUUUGCAAACAAAGCAAUUUCACCACGUUUCCAAGCAAAUCGCCCAUUUGCCUUUUUAAUCAUCGAAAAAAAUACAAAUACAUUGUUAUUUUGUGGUCAAGUACGAAAACCUGGUAAAGUAGAUUUUAAGCAAUUGUAAUUUAUUUUUGUCUCAAUUAGUCUUAGCUUUUUUAAUGCCCAAUUUGCUUCAAAUUUAAAUGCCGAUAAUUUUAAGCGGUUUUUCUUCUUAAGAUUUUCGAUGUAAUAAUUUUAUUUGGUAGAUAAUAAAUGACUUUUUCUUAAUAAAACAAAA